GCCAUGGGACCUAAUGCGCAUGCGCAGUGGUGUACAGUCGGCUACUUGAUGUCACGACGUCUUAGUAGCUAGUCAGAUAUCAUUCAAAACAUCUUGUUUUAAGUUGUGUUGUGGCUGAACGGAUUUGUAUUCUCGGGUGAAACUAUGACAGACGAACAAGAAAUCAUGUGCAAAUUAGAAAACAUACUGGAAGUAAGGAACAAGACCGUUCAGAUGCAGAAGAUCAGGUCUCGUUUGAAGGGCGAGUUUGAAUCUCUGGAGUCGGAGGAGAAGCAUUUGAGGGAGUACAAGCAGGAGAUGGACCUUCUGCUGCAGGAGAAGAUGGCCCACGUUGAGGAGCUGAGGCUGAUCCAUGCAGACAUUAAUGUGAUGGAGAGCACGAUCAAGCAGUCAGAAAACGACCUGAACAAGCUGCUGGAGAACACGAGGCGUCUGCAUGAGGAGUACAAGCCCCUGAAGGACCACGUGGACGCCCUACGCAUGUCUCUGGGUCUGCACCGCCUGCCCAACCUCAGCGACGAGGAGGAGAAGCUGUCACUCGAGUUAGUCACCCAGAGUUACUUUGAGAAGCAGAAGGCAGAGUGGAUGAAAGAACCUCAAGAGCCGAUCAUUCCGGAAUCCUUGGCGGCAGCUGCCGCUGCUGCCCAGCAACUGCAGGUCUCCCGGAAACAAGAUGCCCGGCAACCAGCAACCUUCAGACAGCAGCCGCCCCCAAUGAAGGCCUGUCUGUCCUGUCACCAGCAGAUUCACCGUAACGCCCCCAUCUGUCCGCUCUGCAAAGCCAAGAGCCGUUCCCGCAAUCCCAAGAAACCCAAGAGGAAGCCAGAUGAGUAAGCGACCCCCAGAGGUCCGCCACUCCUCCCUUUGACACCAAGCUUCCAAACGUAGACAUCAGAGUUAACCAAAACCUUGUGUCUGAAUCCUCCUGGGUUCAUGUGUUAUUGUUUAGUUUUGUCAGUUUUGUUUGUAGUCAACACCAUAUGUCAGUUGACUAAUUUUUGUUGUUUAAGUGUACUUAAGUGUUUUAAUACUUGAUACUUUGCUUCAAUUUCCACAUCAUGACUGCAAAAAGGCAAUAAUGAACUAUGUGAUAUGGGCGCUUAAAUGCUAAACAGCUGUGUUUAGCAUGUAGCUUGUAUUAUAACAGGAAAAGAACAUUUUUGCCCCAUGAUCUUAAAUGCAGCAUUUUAACCAUAUAAUUCCGUCUUCAUCAGACUUUAGACAAAUGUCUAUCAUGUGCUAACAAAGGAGAAGCUAAAUUAGAAGAAUUCUUGACUGGAGUAUUUAAGCUGUAAGACUGUGUUUUUGUAUCUUAAGUUUUAUAUGCAUGCCAAAAGUAAUGUACUGUAUGUCUGUGAUAUUUUCUCAAUUGAAAAGGGUGACUGUGCUUUGUCAUAGGUAGCUAUUAAUACAUGUUUACACGGGCCAAGGGAAGCGUGGUUCCAGUAGCAUUUGAUGGAAGUAUUUCCUGUGAAAAGUUGGUUGUUAUGCUUGGUUAAAGAGUCAAAACUCGAGACUUGAUGUGGGCAGUAUUUAAAAAAUAAAGGUUGGUUUAUUGAUGUUG